AUGGCAGACAGCAAAAAACAUAAUUUACCCCAGGAAGGUACCAGCCGCGCUGGAGAAUCCUUCCCCACCGCACCGGAUUCGCCGGGGGUGGGCCGUCCCGUGUAUUCUGGGGGGGACAGCUUAUGCCAGGAGUGGGGUGUUGAAGAUGAUGGGGAUGUGGAAGCGCAGAGACGUGAGAUGGUGGAGCGACUCCUGCAGGAGAUGGAGGAUCAAGCCAUGGAAGGGCUGGAGUCGGAUUUCACGGGAUCUAGCCUCUCCCUGCACUCAGGGAUCGAGAGCGAUGUCACCGGAGCAGACGAGACACCUAAACCACAAAGAAGGGUGUCUCAAAGAAAGAGGAAGAUUGUCGAGAAGACGCAUCUCGACUCGGACGAUGACGCGCCGCAAAUUUUGGUUGUGGCACCUAAACCUGCGACGACAAAGAAGAAGGCACCCGCAAAGACGGGAACCGGACCCAAAAGUAAGGAAAAGGAGGCGGCGGAACCUGUCGCCGGACCCUCUCGGUCUCUGACGUGUGCUGGUGGAGAGUCCCACCCGAAGGAGCUACAGCAUGCGGACAGACUCGGGGCCAUAAUUGAGGAGGGCAUCUCGGCGAUCCUGGAAGAGAUCGCCAGAUCCAAGAACCUAAAGGGGGGGGUCAUUAAAAAUAUAAAGGACGCUGCCAAGACCAUCCGGGCGGCGUCUGAGACCCUGGUCGAAAGAUCGGCGACCGUGGAGUGCGCGGAACUCCGAAAGGAGAACACCCGCCUAUCGCAAGAGCUGGCAAGUCAACGCCAGCUUCUCAAUGCGAUGCGUGACGAAUGUGGGAAGAUGCGCGCAGACAUGAUCCAACUGCAGCGCCAAGUGUACUCUUCCCCGGACACACAGGUGGGUCGCCUCCAAACAACGAACGAGGACUUGGAGCGGCAAGUGCAGCAAUACUGCACAGAGAAUGUCCGGCUGAAGCAGCAGGUGAUGGCGGGAAACUGCGAGCUGCGGAAGCUGAAGAGAGAGGCAGAAAAGGCCGCGGCAGACAGAACGGCACAGGCGGAACCCUCACAGAUAGAGACACCGGAGGAGACACCGGCCCCCACACCAUCUGCGGGGCCAUCACCGGCAGAGGAUUCUGAGAGCCGGUUAAUCAGACGAAUCGGGGAGCUCUUUAACCCCCGGUUCGCUCUGCUGGAGGAGGGCCUGCUCCAGGUCCAAAGAGGGAAACCGCCACCCAAACAGGGUGCAGCGAAAAACGCUCCACGGCCGCCUGCAAAUCGGGCCGCCGCUGCGUCGAAGAAGGGGUCGCUUAGUCAGCCAGCACCAGUUGUCCGGGCUGAAAAUACAGAAGGAGCGCCGUCGCCGUCCAAUAACAACAGAGAAGGAUGGGCGACAGUAGUACGACGCGGCAAGAGGUCCCGGACGACGAAUGCCCAGUCGGCACCCGCCACUCAGACUAACACCGCUGAGUCGGCAGCCGCAUCACAGCAGCAAGCGGCGAAGAAGAAGGCUGCGGCAGAGCGUCGCAGAAGGAAGAGGCGGUUUAAACCGCCAAGCUCGUCGGCGAUCGCCAUCACGAUCGACCCGGCGGCUGAAGAAGGAGGGUUGACCUAUGAGUCGGUGCUGCGAGAGGCGAAGGAUAAGAUCUCCCUAGCCGACCUCGGCAUCACCGACUUAAGGUUCAGACUGGGUGUGACUGGGUGUCGCAUCCUGGAGGUGCCAGGCGCCGACACCGGCGACAAGGCGAAUUCGCUGGCUGCGAGGCUGGCGGAGAUCGUCCCAGGAGGAAGCGUCCGGGUCACUAGGCCGGAGAAAUCCGCCGAACUACGGAUUAGUGACCUGGACGACUCGGCAACCGCCGAAGACGUCGUCGCCGCAGUGGUGCGGCAGGGGGGGUGCGCUGAGUUGAGCGUGAAGGCGGGCGAAGUCCGGCGCACUCCCUCUGGUGUGGGCACAAUCUGGGUGCGAUGCCCAGUCGCUGCAGCCAAAGCCCUGACCGAGGCGGGAAGGGUGAAGGUGGGAUGGACGAUGGCUCGGGUGCAAUCACUCGACCCGAGACCCAUGCGGUGCUACCGGUGUUUGCUCACGGGACACGUGGGCCGACGGUGCACUGCGGGGGAAGACUGCAGCGAUAAAUGCUAUCGCUGUGGUCAGGGUGGCCACAAGGCCGCGAGAUGUGCCGAGCCAUCGCCAAAGUGCUGGUACUGCGCUGCGGCUAACCGCAAGUCGGACCACAGAGUCGGCAGCACGAAAGCGUGCCGCUUGCCAAAGGCCAGAGCCGCAGCCGCGGCGCAGGUUACCGGCGGGGGGGGGGAUUCGAUGGACACCUGA